AGCACGACACGUCACCUGCUCGCUGGCACGGACGUGCUCGAUGCAUCGAGCAGCGCCGUGCGGCACGAGCGCAGCGGCGGACGGACGCCGUCUUCCAUGCCGCUGGCAUGGACGGACGGACGCCGUCCGUCCACCGUUGCAGAUGCUCUAAGAACUAUUAGAAUAAUUUGUCAAAGGAUAAUGAGUGGGGUCUAAACUUAAGUACAAGGAAGUAAAUUAAAUUUGAGUAACAAGUAGAACUAUGACUUUUCCACUUGAAAAUUGAAACUAAAGGUAUCUAUGUCGUCAAGCACCAAGCUUCACUGCUACACCCUCUGCCUACCAAGACUGUGCAACAUGGGGGAUGGCAUGCUUUUAAUAAAAUGAUAGGUAGACUGUAUACUUAAAGAAUUGAGAGCUUCCGCUUGAAGUGAGGAUGUAUUACACAAGGACUGACUGAGGUUUGAUGUUAAAAGUAAUCUUACACAGUACAUACUCUAACCAAAUAAUGUAGUAAUAGUGUUAUUAAUUAUGCUUUACUGAUACAAUCAUACAAAUGAGCAAAGUUCAGAAUCUUCAGAGCUUGAAAAACCAAAACUGUUACAGAUUUUUGUCUUGCUUUCAACCGCCCAAGUUUUGUUUUCCAAAGGCUGUGUCUAGCUGAUGACUGAUGUGUCAGUACAUGCAGUUUCAAUUUUCACUUUUCGUGUUUCAUUUUGUUUCUCAGUGGUGAGCAUUAUGUUCAAACACAUGGCUGAGCAUUGUAAGUUGAAGGGUAACUUGUUAACUCUUUUGUUGAGAAAGUUAACUUAUUUAUUCUAAGUAAGAAGUGGGAGGAGUGCACGCUUAUGUACACAUUAUUUAGAUAUGCUCUUCAUCUUUAUGUCGUAUUUCAGCUUAUAAAUUGAUUUGUUGUGCCAUGGCGGAAGACACAUCAAACAUAAAUGCAUGCAACUAAUUUCUUUUGUCAAAAUGUAUUUCCAUGAUAUUUGAGAAUUAUUAUUCUUCAAAUUUGCAUCAGAGGACUGACAGGGGAACGGACGGUCAAGCGAUUGAGGCUAUCAAAAGCCUUGACAGUACCGGAAACUACCACUAUAAUUGAAGCUUGUCGCCGGAUGGCAGCCCGUAGGGUUGAUGCUUUACUGCUAACCGAUUCAAAUGCAUUAUUGUGUGGAAUCCUGACAGAUAAGCUAUGAAAGUCAUUGCUCAUGAUCUAAAUCUCGAGGAAACUCCUGUGUCUAAGGUCAUGACCAGGAACCCAGUAUUUGUGCUUUCUGAUAAUCUUGCUGUCGAAGCAUUGCAAAAAAUGGUUCAAGGAAAGUUUAGACAUUUACCAGUUGUUGAAAAAGGAGAGGUGAUUGCUUUACUUGACAUAGCAAAAUGUUUGUAUGAUGCUAUUGCUCGUUUGGAAAGGGCAGCUGAGAAGGGAAAGGCGAUUGCAGCUGCUGUUGAAGGCGUGGAGAGACAUUGGGGGACAACAGUUUCUGGCCCAAACACAUUCAUUGAGACACUUCGAGAGCGAAUGUUUACACCCUCAGUGUCCACUAUAAUUCCUGACAACUCAAAGAUUGUUACAGUAGAUCCAAGUGACACUGUGCUAGAGGCUGCAAAGAAGAUGUUUGAAGUUCAAGCAAGCUCUGCCAUUGUAAUUGUAGAAAACAAACCACGAGGAAUACUUACUUCAAAAGACAUGCUGAUGAGGGUCAUAGCUCAAGAUCUUUCUCCAGGAUCUACUUUAGUGGAGAAGGUGAUGACACCAAAUCCAGAGUGUGCUACUGUAGAUACUCCUAUUGUUGAUGCACUUCAUACCAUGCAUGAUGGGAAAUUUUUGCACCUUCCAGUUGUUGAUAAAGAAGGAGUGGCAGUAGCUGUUCUCGAUGUUCUUCAUAUAACUCAUGCUGCAAUAGCCACAGUUGGAAGUACUGCAGCAGUCAAUGGUGAGGCCACAAACACCAUGCUGCAAAAGUUCUGGGAUUCUGCAAUGGAAUUAACUCCAGAUGAUGAUGAUGAGACCCGGAGUGAGAAUUCCUUGAAAUUGCCUUCUGAUGGGGGACAUGGCGGACGAUCUAUUGCUUAUUCUACUUCCACCCCCAAUUCGUUUGCCUUCAAAAUUCAAGAUGGAAAAGGAAGGAUGCAUAGAUUUUUAUGUGGUACACAGAGUUUGGCCGACCUUAUAGCAGCAAUCCUUCAGAGAUUAGGAGAUGAAAUUGACCGUGACAACCUUCCAUAUAUUCUGUAUGAAGAUGAAGACAAGGACAAGGUUGUGCUUGCAUCUGAUAAUGAUCUUCAAGCAGCUGUAGAUCAUGCCAGGCUAGCUGGUUGGAAGGGGUUGAAAUUGCAUUUAGAGUAUACCAGUGCAGCACGUCCUCGGAUGGGAUCCAAGUCGAAAGGUAUGGAAUAUGCUCAAGCGGAUGCUUGGGCUUCGGCAUACAGCUCUGUGGCUGCUGGGGCUGCCUUAGUUGCUGGUUUAGGCGUUUUAGCAUUCUUGAGGCGACCUGCAAAUUGAUUCGAUACACCCGUUGCUCGGAGAGUUUGAAGAGGAAAGAAACCAGAGUGUGGUUGUGGUACCUUUGGUUGCCAUUUGUGAGUAUACCUUAACAUAACAAGAGAGAGUUGAUUGUGCCUUGCAAAUUACAAUAAGCAGAGGUGAUUAUGAUACAGACCGGUCUUGGAAAGUCUACCGCCGAGGAAGUAGGAAAGUAGUUUGGCCGAUGGAGAGGAAUAAGGAGGCAGGCCCAACUGAAACAGAAGCUGGUGGAGAAGAAUAAGGGAGCAGGUGAAACUGAACAGAGAAGUAGCGGGAAGGAAGAAGGAAGAAGCGGCAGUCCAGUUCCUAUUUUUUAUGCGUUCAGUUAUUUACUUUAGACUAUAAAUAAAUGUAAGCUAGGGAGUUCAAUUCAUCUUGGCAGAUCAUUUGUAUCGGACGACUUGGUCGUAGGCCUCUGCGGAGGAGUGUUACUUUCAUAUUAUUCCAACAAUUCAAGUGAUCGAUUCCUUUCAA